AUGCGAAGAGUCCUGAAGGCUUGGCAGAGGAAACAAUCCAACCCAGACACACACAUUCGCCUCCUGCCAACGCUCGAAGCCGGACACUGGGAUUAUCUCAUCCAACGCUACAAACCCAAAGACGAGUGCCUCCCAUAUCCCCAACGACAACUGUUUGACCCUUACAAAAACGUCUUCACACCCAUUGGCCUAGUCAAUGAGGACAUCGACCCUAGAGAGGGGGUAAUGUCAUAG